UUGUUGUUGUCAUGGUUACAGUGCUGCGUCCAAAAUGGCGUCGUUGCUUGGGGAGAAGCUGUUUGAAAUUUCUGGCCAGGGCCCAGCGCCCUCUAAGGAUUUUUACCAUUUUGUGAUUGCCAGAAAUGAGGUAAUGUUGAAUAUGUGGACCAUCUCUUUGCGACGUGAAAAUAAGUAUCGUCCUCCAAAACAGCUGAAGUCAACUUUUUCUGAUUUUCUACUGGACAAACAACUUCAGUAUGAUAUUAGCAAUAUUUUUGGUGAGAAGAUCCUGGACUACUCGCUGUCACUGUGUCAGGGAAAGUACGACUAUCUUGAUCGCAUACCGGAUGAGAUACUGCUCAGAAUCAUCUCCUUCCUACAGCUAAAAGAAAGAUUUGUGUUGGCACAGGUUUCCAAAAGAUUCAGAAUGCUCUGCAACUCUGAAAAGUUUUGGGAACUGCUUGUGAAGAACGACUGUCCUGAUUACCACAGUGACAUGGAGGACUUAGGAAAAGCCAUGGGAUGGAAGAUGACCUAUUUUACCUUCUUUCACAGUGAUGACACCAACAAUAAUGGCAUCAACAACCAUUUCAACUUCAACAGCAAUCGCAGAAAUAGUGCCAGCAUCAAUGGCACUCAAAAGCAGUAAAAAAUAAACAGCAACGCAACUGA